UGUUGGCUUUUUUUUUUUUUUUUUAAGGAAGGAAGGAAGGAGAGAGAGAGUGACUCACAGACUGCAUCCUUUGGACUUCAGGGGCCAUUUUUGUGAAAAGGAUUUUUAAAACGGGAUUCUGCCAGUUAGUAUGUGGCAGAAUCAAUUUAAUUGGUCAUGGCCGUUAAAAAAAAGUAACCGUGAUCCCUUGUUUUAUGAAACCCACUUUAGUUAUGUAAGUCUGUGUAUGCAAGAUCGCAGUAUAAAAUGUACUUAAUACUCUGGUUAAAUGUUCAAAGAAGUUGACAAUCACAGCUGGAAUAAGACUUCUCUUUAGCCCCCCUGCUUUCCCUUCACGCUGAAUUUCUACAACUUGUUGGUAGAACUUAUCAGCCUUUUCUGAAAACGUUGAGUCAGAUACUUUGGGAAACUGAGAUGGAGGUAAUAGGGACAACGUAACACCCUCUCAUGUUCCAGUCUGAGCUCGGGAUAUAAUUAAAACAUUAAAAUUUCCACUCAUCAUUCUGGAUGAGGACAGAAAACACCAAUGAAAAUGAGUGAUUAACCAGCUAUGAAACACAAAAACACUUUUACUGUUACACAUUCUUUUACAACCUAACACCGUAUACAUUUCAGUGCCUUUGCGCCCCCCACCCCCUGCCUCCCAUUUUGGGAUUUGGGGGCACAUAUUUUCCUACCUCUUUUUUAUUUGCGCGGUUUUUGAAGCACAUUAACAGCCUGUGCAACUCCUGGCCCUAUUGGCUGGCUAAGCCUGAGGAGUGGAGCAUCUUCCUUAAUGGCAGGUGGGUGUGAGGAGGAGGAGGCUGAAAGCUCUUGCCGCGUGGGGUAAUGCGCAAAGGACCCUCAUUGGACUGCGUCGGGAGGAAGUGGGAGCGCUCUGAGGUAGGGCAGGAAAGGGUAUAAAGGGGGUGUGUCCACCACACCAGGACUAGAAGAAGCUUUAAUAAGAGGCAAAGUACAUCUUUGCCACAUGGUGUAGGAACGGAGGAGAAACUGGCAGAAGAAAAAGACUACCUAAAAAGGUAACGGCAAGCGUCCCUGCUUCUCAGAACACUCUUAAUCCAGGCUUCCAGCCCGGCCUACCCAGGGCCAGGUGAACAGCCGCCACCUCUCCGGCGUCUGCAGGACCUCCUACUCCAUGAACUUGCCAAGAGCUGAGCGACUUCGCUCCACACCGCGAAGCCUCCGGGGCUCCAAUGGGGAAGACGGUGAGAUCGAUAUCCUGGGAGAGGAGGAAGAAGAUGAGGAGGAGGAAGAGGAAGACGAGGAGCCAGAGGGGAGCCAGCGGCCCCUAGAGCAACUGCACCAGCCGGAGCUGCACGGGGCGCGGCGGUGCUCGGGUGCGCUUCCCGGAGAGCGCACCGAGAGCAGCGGCUGCCCGAGCGACUCCUCCGAGUUUGGCCCCAAGUUUAGGGCAUCGACGGGAUCUGCAGCUGCCUCUGGGGACGCCCCGCAGCCGGCAAAGCCCCCCUACUCAUACAUCGCGCUCAUCACCAUGGCCAUCCUGCAGAGCCCGCACAAGCGCCUCACGCUUAGCGGCAUCUGCGCCUUCAUCAGCGGCCGCUUCCCCUACUACCGCCGCAAGUUCCCUGCCUGGCAGAACAGCAUCCGACACAACCUCUCGCUCAACGACUGCUUCGUCAAGAUACCCCGAGAGCCGGGACACCCGGGCAAGGGCAACUACUGGAGCCUGGACCCCGCCUCCCAGGACAUGUUCGACAAUGGCAGCUUCCUUCGGCGCAGGAAGCGCUUCAAGCGCCUCCAUCCGUCCCCAGGAGCCCACCCGCACCACCCAUUUCCCCUGCCCGCUGCGCCCGCCACCCUGCACGGUUCCUAUCCUGGCCUGUUGCUCGGGGCCCCGGCACCACUGCAGCCUGUCCUGGGGGCCGCCACGGAGAACCGCCCAUGUACGCUGCUACAACCUCAUGCGCUCCGCUACCUGCUGCUCUCCGCCCCCGCCUACGCUGAGGCUCCCAGCAAAGCGCAUAGUGCGGAUCUGGUGACCCCCGGCGCCCUUCCAGCGCUGCAGCCCGCUCUGGGCUCCCAGCCUUGGGAGGGGGGCAAGGGGCUGGCGUCGCUGCCGGGAAGCAGAUGCACCUCCUUCAGCAUCGAGAGUAUCAUGCAAGGGGUCCGGGGAGCGAGUACAGGUGCUGCGCAGAGUCGGCCCCCUACCCCGUGGAGCUACUGCCACCUGCUGCAGAGCCCGUCGUGCCUGUUGCAUCCCCAGGCCGCCGUCCCCUUGCUCCACGUGUCCGCCGCCGCCGCCGCCGCGGCAUCCGCUGCCCGGACGAUUGUGCAGCAACAGCAGCAGCCGCAGUACAGUACCAGGGGCUGCGCUCCUAGCAAGGUCGCUUUGCUGAGCCAGCACCUGUCCGCCACCCCGGCGCUACUGGGGUGUCAGCCCGGAGCAGAGGGGCCUCUAGGCUGACGUCGCUGGUUGUCCCUUCAGGCAGAGAGCGGCCCUCGCCGGCCUUUUGAAUAGCACCCACACCUACCCUGGCGCGGAUUCAGCGAGGCAUAAGACGAGCCAAGCUGCAGGGCGGAGCCACCCAGAUCCUUCUCUCCUUGCCGCCUGCCCUGGCGUACUCCACCUUGCACAGACGGGACUAGGCGUGUGCAUCUGAAUCCCACAGCCGAGCAACAACUAAUUUUGGUUCUCUGCGAAGUAUUUACAAAGGAAAAGUUAACGGUUACUGUUCCCUUAAGACAACCUGAACGUAAACGUUCGAUCGCGUCAGCGUCAAGUCUCAGCUUUUCUUUUCCAGUUGUGGCUUCCAGAGCUUUUCUGAUUUGCACAUUACCAGAGGAAUUAUGAACAUGACUGGGGCAUUGUGUUCUGGUAUUUAAAGAAAUACAAAGAAAAUACAGCAUCCAAUGCACAACGUAUUUCUCCGUCUUCACUCCCUAGGAACUGCAGGUAUUAUUCCCAAGUCCAGUGCAGAAUGCUUAUGCUCUUUACGUCUUCCUGAAAUCGAUGUGUAAUAUAAGUAGAAUUUUAAUUUCAGAGGAUUUAUUUCUGAUCUGUGUGUCUGAUGUGCCAUCUUCCGUAGAGAGAUGUUAAAAUUAUGCCUAACUAUACAGACUAAAUAAAAUGCUA